CUUGCCGCAUAAGGAGAGAAGAGGAACGCAACGGACAAAAAAAGCAAAAGGACUGCUACGCGCCAUGUACAACACACAUCGCGGGAUGGUUCCCCCCCCGAACUCCCGUCUGACGGAGUUACUGGAUCAACUGCGCCAGGAAUUCGAGACCCAAACGCGGAGUACUGGCGAGUUUGAGCACCAGCUGACCGGACAGCUCCAGGAGAUGGAGAUGAUUCGACAGAAGGUCUAUCAACUGGAACAAGCGCAAAUCAAGAUGAAGCAAGAAUAUGAAAAUGAGCUGCGAGUGUUGCGACACGAGCUCGAAGCCCGCGGUGUUCAGACUGUGUCUCACAUUGCCGGCCCUGCGCAGCAUGCGGGCCCUUCCCAGGCCCCCCCACCCGCUCUGGGCCAUGGCCCUAGCAACCUGUUCGGUGGGAUUAUGACCAACCAAGGAGGUAGUGGUCCCGGUCUUGCCCCUCCCCCUCCCCAGGAUCAGCAGCCUCCCCAGCAUACCCUUCAACAGCCUGCUCCCGCCGCUCAGCCAGGAGCGCCGCCACAGACGCAGAGCUCUUUUGGAGGAUAUCAGUCUGGUGCUGCUGUGAACGGUUAUGGCCCUCCUCCCCCGCCAACCGCGUCCCCUGGUCCCGGUAAAAGACCCCGCGCCCCUGGUGCGCCUGCUACCCCGCAGCAGAGUCACCAGCUUGGGUACCCAGACCCUCGGGUUUCGCCUCAGCUGGCCCGCCCCACCCCCCCAAACGCCGCCAUCGUUCGCGACCGCCCGGGAAAUAUGCUGGCUAACUGGAACCCCGACGACUUGCCUGCCUCGCAAAAGCGUGAGGGUGCCGAUUGGUACGCUGUGUUCAACCCCGAGGUGCAACGGGUGCUGGAUGUGGAGCUGGUCCACCACCUGGUCCAUGACAGUGUCGUUUGCUGCGUUCGUUUCAGUCGCGAUGGCAAGUACCUUGCCACCGGCUGCAACCGCUCGGCUCAGAUUUUCGACGUGACCACCGGCCAGAACGUGGCCACUUUGCAGGACGAAAACGUGGACAAGACUGGUGAUCUCUACAUUCGCAGCGUCUGCUUCAGCCCCGAUGGCAAGUACCUCGCGACCGGCGCCGAGGAUAAGCAGAUUCGCGUUUGGGAUAUCGCUGCGCGAACCAUCAAGCACAUCUUCAGCGGCCACGAGCAAGAUAUCUACUCCCUUGACUUCGCCGGAAAUGGUCGGUACAUCGCGUCCGGUAGCGGCGACAAGACCGUGCGACUCUGGGAUAUCAUGGAGGGCAAGUUGAUCUACACUCUGAGCAUCGAGGACGGCGUGACCACGGUAGCGAUGUCUCCCGAUGGCCACUACGUCGCCGCCGGUUCUCUGGACAAGAGCGUCCGCGUCUGGGAUACCACCACCGGCUACCUGGUGGAACGUCUGGAGAACCCCGAGGGUCACAAGGAUAGCGUUUACUCGGUCGCCUUCGCUCCCAAUGGCCGCGACCUUGUCAGUGGCAGUCUCGACAAGACCAUCAAGCUUUGGGAGCUCAGCGUUCCCCGAGGCAGCUAUUCCAACAGCGGUAUCAAGGCCAGCAAAUGCGUGCGAACCUUCGAAGGUCAUAAGGACUUUGUGCUCAGCGUGUGUCUGACUCCUGAUGGACACUGGGUCAUGAGUGGUUCCAAAGAUCGCGGCGUCCAGUUCUGGGACCCGAUCACUGGUAACGCCCAAAUGAUGUUGCAAGGCCACAAGAACUCCGUCAUUUCGGUUGCACCCAGUCCUACGAACAACCUCUUUGCCACCGGCAGUGGUGACAUGCGUGCGAGAAUUUGGAGAUACUCCACUUACACCGGGCGGUGAUGGGGUCUGUUUCAGACCCCCUACGGCAAAGAGCCCUGCUCGCCAUCCCUUCCUAAAUCUGGUACUAUCUGACAUGUUUAUUUCAACGGGCCUGCGGGCGAAUUUGCUUUAUCGAGCGGUGACAGUGAAACCAUUCCGUCACAUGAAACGUUUUGGGUACAAUGUCUCGUCUUCGGGAAAGGACGUGGAGUGGUUAGGAACAAUGCGCCAAAAUGCUGUACGGAUAGUCGCUUCGAUGUUUUUGCUUUCUAUAUUCUCGUUUGCUCCUUUUGUCCCCGUUAUCGUUGCGCGUGGUUUGGAACUCGG